GCAUUUCAUUGUUAUUCUCUUAAAGAGAUUAGGUUAGCUACUCAAAACUUUGAUGAUAAUUUGGUAAUUGGAAAAGGAGGUUUCGGGAAAGUAUACAAAGGUCACAUUUAUGGUACUAAAGAUACUAAUGGACGUAUUGUCGUCGCCAUUAAACGGUUGGAUUCAUUUUCUACGCAAGGGGCAUCUGAAUUCAUGACAGAAAUUAAGAUGCUUUCCAAGUUGCGCAACCGUCAUCUGGUGCCUUUAAUUGGGUAUUGUUCUAACAACAACGAGAUGAUACUAGUUUAUGAGUACAUGCCCAACGGGACCAUUGAGCAUCAUCUACAUGAAGCUCAUACUCCUUUAUCUUGGAUGGAUCGACUCAAGAUAAGCAUAAGUGCUGCAAAAGGAUUAAAGUACCUCCACACUGGUUGGCAUCCCCAACAGGGAAUCAUACAUCGAGAUGUGAAAAGCUCAAAUAUUCUGCUUGAUGUGAAUUGGGCAGCAAAGGUCUCAGAUUUUGGUAUGUCGAAAAUUAUACGUGAACCAUCUUCUGGGGUUGUUACAAACCUUAAAGGCACAUUCGGGUAUCUUGAUCCGGAGUACUGUAGCACCGGGAAGUUGACUAAGGAAUCAGAUGUCUAUUCCUUUGGGGUUGUUUUGUUUGAGUUGCUAUCUGGGAGGCGUGCAGUCGAUGAGUUGUUUGUAGAGGAAGGGAUUAAUUUGGCAAGUUGGGUUAAAAAGUGUAUCAAAGAACGAAGAACGGAUGAGGUUAUUAGUUCCCAAAUUACAACACAAAUUUCAUCAAAAUGUCUGAAGGAGUUUCUCCAGAUUGCAGAUCGUUGUUCAAAGGAUUCUAGAAAAGAUCGGCCCACAAUGGCAGAUGUUGUGGUUGCUCUUCAGCAUUUAAUGGCAUUACAAGAACAACAUGACAAUUCUGCUCGGGCUACAGGUUCAAUGGGGUUCACCCAUAAAAUGCAGCAUCUACUUUUUGGGUCUAGACCUAACCCUGUGGCUCUAACACCAGCUAGCCCACUAUGCGUGCCACCAAGUCCUCAUAAAUUCUCAAAGACUCCAAAACUUGAAAGGACUAGGCUGGUUCAUUUGACCAUGAAAGAGGUGGAAAGAGCCACCCAAAAUUUUUCAGCAUCACUAAAGCUUGGUGAAGGUGGUUUUGGAACCGUGUACAAAGCUCAACUACCAGACGGUCAACUUGUUGCAAUAAAACGAGCGAAAAAGAAACAUUUUGACGCUCUAAGAAGUGAAUUUAGAAGUGAGGCUGAACUUCUUGCAAAAAUCGACCAUCGGAAUCUAGUGAGGCUUCUUGGCUAUGUUGAUAGCGGAAACGAGCACCUAAUUAUCACAGAAUACAUUCCAAAUGGUACCCUUAGAGAACAUUUGGAUGGUGUUCAUGGAAACUUUUUGGACUUCUGUCAACGGCUUGAAAUUUGCAUCGAUAUAGCUCAUGGUUUAACGCAUCUCCAUCUAUACGCUGAAAAGCAAAUUAUCCACCGGGAUGUUAAGCCUUCCAAUAUUCUUCUAACGGAGAGAUUUAGAGCGAAAGUGGCCAAUUUUAGGUAUGCAAGACUUGGAGAUGCAGAGACAACACAAGUUGUUACUAGAGUACAGGGCACCCUCGGGUAUCUUGACCCGGAAUAUAUUAGAACCUAUCAACUCACCCCGAAAAUUGAUGUUUACUCUUUUGGAGUUCUAAUUAUUGAAAUUUUAACGGGUCGUAGACCCAUUCAGUCGAAGAGAUCUCAUAAGGAGGUGGUGACACUAAGAUGGGCAUUUAGGAAGUACAAGAAAGGUGAAAUCAUGGCUUUGGCUGACCCUCAAAUGAAGGAAGCUUUGGACUGGGAAAUAAUUGGAAAGAUGCUUGAGUUAGCAUUUCAAUGUGCCGCCCCAACCCGAGCGGACCGUCCAGAUAUGAAGGCAGCGGGAGAGCGGUUGUGGGCCAUCAGAAUGGACUAUCUAAGAAAUGGAAGAAUAGAGUGAGCUUCAGUUAACAAGAAAAAGCUUGUAGCUUCACCUGUAUAGUUGCAUAAAUCAAAUUAUCAUGCUUAGAUCACAUGUGGCUAUAUGCCAAUGGAUGGUUGGUAUAUGAUGUACGUACAAGCAUCUAAAUGUGUGAUAAGUUUGAUGUUUGUUUUGUGUAUAAAAGACUUGUAUCAUAUGUAUAUAAAAGGGUUAU